CUCCCACUGCUAAACGUCACUCUUCAAUCAAAUCUCUGACCGUUAACUCCUCAAACUAACGGCGUAAAGGACAUGGGGGGAAUGAAAACUACGAAAAUGUUCAAACCCAAAACAUAAACUUUACCGCAACUUUUAAAUUCUCCCUCCCUCACUAACCUGCUCUUAUUUUUUGUUCAAUUUUUGCCCUAAUUACACUUAAUUGUUGGGACGAAUCGAUCAAAAACCCCAUAAUUGAACCCUACUUCCAUUUUUUAAUCGUGAGAUUCAAAAAUCGGUUACUCUCAAAUUUUGCUUCGCAGAGGUGGUGAGUUGAUUGGUGGGAAGGGGGUUGGUUGUUAUGAAGUGUUUGUGAGGGUAAUUUAUGGCAAAGGUUGCUCUACCGGGAGGUUCUUUAGGUUCUGUUAAUGUUCAAAUUGGUGGCGCUGCUGCUGCUCUAACUGAUGGUACAAUGGUUAAAAGGAAGACUCCGUCCGAACUGAGAGGAGAGCAGCUGAGGAGGAAAAAGGUUAUAGAGAUUGUAGAUGAAUCUCCAGCCCCACUGGGUUCAAAGAAUAAUGGUAUUGAGAUGGAUAAUGGGCUUAGGAAACCAGAUGCAUCAAGGACUCCUAGAUACAUUAACACCCGCAUGGAUGAAGUUUAUCCUGUCAAAAAAUCCAGGCUUAGGAUGCUUUCUGUAAAAGACAGUGCAAAGGAAAAUACAUCAACUGAACAAACUAAUAGCCUGAAGAAUAUCUCUGUGCUUUCAACUCUGGCUGCCAAGAGACAGCAACUUUCAUGUACAGAGAAUUCGGUUGCUUGUGAUGAAAUUUUGAAAGAUGAUGUGGUACAACCUCAUCAAACAAUCAAAAACUGCAGUCAAAGUAUAUUUCGCAGUGUUACUGAGCUUUCAUCUAGUGGUGAAAGGUCAUCUGGCUUGGCAUUUGUUGAAAUGGAUAAAGCAUUGAAAGGACUUGUGGCCCAUGAACCGCCUGACACUUCUGGUUUAAAUGCUGAUUCUUCUGAAAAAGCUGGCAAUCAUGGUGGCAAUUUCUGCUCUGAAUGCCAUAUAGCUGGCAAAAAGGCUCCUCUUGAUUUUACUUUGAAAACUAGAAUGCGGGUGGCAUCCUCCUGUUCAGUUAAUUGGAUUCAUAGGUCAAUUAUGAGCAGCACCUACAACGGCAUGCCACAGCUUGCAUCCCAAUUUGGUGAUUCCAAGGACAGUAGUAGCUCUGGGCAGGCAAUGACUUCUCAGAUCCUUAGUUCUAAAGCUUUGCAUUCAUGGGUUUACCCUCAAUCUACCCUGCCUCCUGCUGUUAUAUCAGUGCUAACCUCAUCAGCAAUUGAGGGAGAUUUUUUGAGAAAACGGCAGCUGGCAUGGGAGGAUUCUUUUCGAAGUCUUUAUUAUAUGCUUCGAAAGAACAUUUGCAAUAUUUUUUAUGUGUGCACUUCACAAUUUGUGGUGAUGUUCACUGGUAGUGAUGGCUCAGGAUGUACCAAACACCUAUGUAAUGCUUACAUCUCCCAGUCGACAAGAGGUUUGAGGUCAUUGUUGAGAGAACAUGACGUUUGUUUCUCUAUGCCACUUUGUUAUUCUAAAGUAGAGCAAGUCACCACUGAAGAUUUAGUUGAGCUUUCUGAGAUUGAGAAACAAAAUUUGGGCCAGACUCGUCGCCUUAGUUCCUUGUCUGAUGUUGAUAAUAGCCCACAAUCACUGCUGGCUUUCUGUGGAAAUAAGAAUGUAAAUGGGUUGUAUGAUUUUUUGUUAAAUUACAGAUCUUCCCUUACCUUUUUGUCUGGAGUAGAUGUUCCUGUAUUGUACUCACCUGUUCCAUUUCAGAAUGCUGCUCUUUCUUCUCCGGAGAUAAAAUGCGUGGAGGUAAAAAGAGCUCACCAUAUUGCUGCCUCCCCUAAAGAAUCUACAGUUAAAGAUACCGGAUCCAGUCAAGGUUCAUCCACUGGGCUCUUAUCCAGCAUUGAAAUUAAGGAUGCAUAUAUUCCAUCAUGGAUUGUUUGCCGUGUAUGUGCACUCAUGGACUCUGAUGGGAGAAGCUUUGAGGCAAGCUUUACAACAGAACGCACCUCUAUUGGCUUGAAUGUUGCUCUUGAGACAGCAUGUGAAAAACCUGAUCAAGCUGCGGUGGUUGAAGGCUUGCAAGAAAGUAGUCAUUCUUUUGGUAUUCCAGAAGCCUCCGUUGAUCCUUGCUUGCGUUCAGGCUUCUUAAAAGGCUUGAAGUACAGCGAUGGUUCUUAUGUGGCUUCCUUCUCGCCUGUCUAACAUUUUGCUCGUGGAGUCUCUGAUAGAGACACAGCACUCUACAUUUUGCCGAUUAAAAUCGAUCCUGUCCCUGUUUCUUUAACAGAAUUAAAGUAACUGAUUGACGCUGUGUAGUCCUUUGAAAUAUUUAUGAAAGUAGCUGACAUUAUGCCUUUUUCC